AUGGCGGACGCUCUUUCCAUCGAACAGAACAAUAAAAUUCGAGUCGCUUUGGGACUCAAACCACUCCCCGUCCCUGGUGCUGAAGCCGACGACGCCACCGGUCCGCAGUUCAAGGACGACGCGAGCGCAGACGACUCCGACGAAGAACCCGCGAGCACGAUAGAGACCCGACAAGCGCAGGGCUACGAUAACUGGAAGAAACUCCAGGAUGAGGCCGACGCCAAGAAGAAACGAGAGGAGAAGAAUGCUGCCAUCAAGAGGGCGCGUGACAUUGCUCAGAGAAAUUUGAAGCUACAAGGCGCUACCCUCGGAGAAUCCGAUGGCGCAGAUCUGGAUACCAAGGCAUGGCUGAUGCAGUCCAAGAAACGCUCCAAGAAAAUCGAGAAAGAACGGGCGCGCAAACUUGCCGAGGAAUUAGAGGAGCGCGAGCGCGCUGCGGCUACCGAGUACACCGCCGAAGACCUGGCCGGUAUCAAGGUCGGACACGCGAUUGGCGACUUUGAGGGUGGCGAAGAUCACAUUCUUACCUUGAAGGAUGCGGCCGUGGAUGACGAGGAAGAGGGUGAUGAACUCGAGGAUAUCAACCUGGUUGAGAAGGACAAGACUACGGAGAAACUCGAGCUCAAGAAGCGCAAACCUGUAUAUGACCCUACCGCCGAGAACCAAGGAAUCCUCGCCCAAUACGACGAAGAGAUUGACGGCAAGAAGCGAAAGAGAUUCACUCUUGAUGCAAAGGGCUCGACCGAGGAGGAAAGGCAGGCCAAGCGACAAGAGGUUUCGGCGGGCUUGAAGAAGAGCGCUCUCAGUCUUGAGCUGGAGCCAGAAAUCCAGACCUCAGAUUACAUGGACAUCAGCGAAGUCAAGAUUAAGAAGCCCAAAAAGAAGAAGAACAAGACGACAAAGCGAGCCGCGAUAGACGAUGAAGGUCUUUUGCCUGCCGAAUCAACGAACGGAUCAUCUAUGGAAAUCGAUUCUACAAACGGAGCACCAGUCACGGCUGCCCGGAAGCCCAUCAACGAAGACGUUUCUUUUGCAGAUGAUGAUGACCUUCAGGCUUCACUUGCACUCCAGCGACGUGCUGCUUUCAAGAAGCGCAAGAAGAUGCGUCCAGAAGACCUUGCUCGCCAACUUCGUGAAGAGGAUUCUCAAACACCCAUGGACACAGACACGCCAGAGGACGGCGCCGAGGAACCCGGUCUGGUAAUUGACGAGACCUCAGAGUUUGUCUCUAAUCUACAAAAGCCCACUCUCCCCGAGCGGGAAGAACGCCGAACUGCGACACCCGCUGCCGAGGCGGCCGCCAAACCAGAAGACGAAGAGGAGCCCGAAGACGUGGAUAUGGAGCGGAGCUACAACGAUAUUGAAGAUGAGGAAGACCUCCAAGAACGUCUCAAGCGCGAAGAGUCCAACCAGGCCGCGCAGGAACUCACCGGAACGGGUCUGGAAGAAGAAUCUACAUUGGACCAGGGUCUCGGUGCUACACUCUCCAUGCUGCGGCAACGCGGUCUCGUCAAGGAGACCGACAGCAGCAGCUCGAACGCUCUACUUCGCGAUCGCCAGCGCUUCCUACAGGAUAAGCUCAACCGCGAAGCCGAUGCCGAGCGCCGUGCCCGCUCACAGCGUGAGCGUGACCGUGCCUCCGGCAAAUUAGAUCGCAUGUCCGCCCGCGAGCGCGAAGAAUACGCACGCUGGGAGAACAAACAGCGCGAUCAGCAAGAAGCCCGACAGAUGGCGGAGAUCUUCAACCGCGAGUACAAGCCGGAUGUGCAACUCAAAUAUACGGAUGAAUACGGACGCUCGAUGAACCAGAAGGAGGCGUUCAAGCAUCUGAGUCACCAGUUCCACGGCAAGGGUAGCGGCAAGAUGAAGACGGAGAAGAGGUUGAAGAAGAUUGAAGAGGAGAAGAAGCGGGAGGCGAUGUCUGCGCUGGAUAGUAGCCAGCAUACGGGUAUGAAUAAUGCCAUGGGCCAGCAGGCGCGUAAGAAUCGGCAGGCUGGUGUUCGGUUGGGUUGA